ACAGCAGCGGCGCGCGCCGAGUCGCAUCACGCAACUUGUUGCACGAGCUUCAACAUGUGCACAUCACUCCAGUGACACCAGGGAUAGAGCUGACAGUCUCCCAGCAUAUAAUCAGAGAGGGAAAAUAAAGUAGCCUUUUCAUAAAAUGAGAGCUGUGUGUGUUUGGUUUUCUGUGGUGCUGUGGAUGGGCAGCCCUGACAGGGCAGCACCCGCAGCAGCAGCGGGACACAGACUCAACGACUCGUCACUUCUGGCAGAGGGGAUACUUUCUUACAAGGAGCAUUUACUUAACGAUUCGGGGCAGUUGAAUAACCGGAGUUACGGAUUUUUCCUCCUGGACUUUGACGAGGGGAUGCUGGAGGACUGGCGCUCUCUGGCCAGUGAGAAGCGUCGUGGUGGGGAGUCGCAGGACGGAAGCGUCAAGGCACUGCUGGUGGCCGCUUACUCCCUGAUCAUCGUGAUCUCCCUGUUUGGGAACACUCUGGUGUGCCAUGUGGUGGUAAAAAACAAGCGCACCCAGUCCGCCACCAGCUUGUUUAUUAUGAACCUUGCUGUGGCUGAUAUCUUCAUCACAGUCCUUAACACGCCCUUCACUCUGGUUCGCUUCGUGAACAGCACCUGGGUGUUCGGCAGGACAAUGUGUCACAUCAGUCGCUUUGUGCAGUACUGCUCUCUGCACGUCUCCACGCUCACCCUGACCGCCAUCGCACUGGACCGACGACAGGUGAUUUUACAUCCUUUGAGACCUCGCAUGUCCCCUGCCCAAGGUGGAGUUUGGGUUGCUGUUAUCUGGAUCAUGGCCAGCUGCUUUUCCCUACCACAUGCCAUCUACCAAAAACUCCUGACUUUUGCAUACAGCAAGGAAAAGGAGCGCAGCCUGUGUGUCCCAGACUUUCCAGAGCCUUCGGAUGUCUACUGGCAGUAUAUUGACCUCCUUACGUUCAUAUUACUUUACAUGCUGCCACUCCUCAUCAUCACUGCCUCCUACACCACAGUGGCCUGCCGACUAUGGCGUCGCAAUGCCAUCGGUGACACCACAACAGCUCAGCACGCUGCCCAGAGAAGAAAGCGGCGGCGGACGCUGGCCAUGUUGCUCUUGGUGGUUGGGGUGUUUGCUGUCAGCUGGUUCCCACUCAACUGCUAUGUGGUGCUGUUGUCCAGUCAGGUCAUCCACUCCUCCAAUGCCCUUUACUUCUGCUUUCACUGGCUGGCUAUGAGCUCCACCUGCUACAACCCUUUCAUCUACUGCUGUCUGAAUCCCACCUUUCGCCAGGAGCUGAGGCUUCUCUUUGACAUGUGCCAGAGGAAGCGAAGGGCGGUGGUGGGGUUGGAGCCGGAGCGUCGCCCCGCAGCAGCCUGCGCUACUCGUCACAGGGUUGCAUGGCCUGACAACCAUGAGUCCUCAAGACCGAGGCAUGCUUUGUCCCAUCUGGGCCAUGCCUCCUCAGAGCAGAGUAAUGCUUCUUCCAGUCACUCCAACAACAUAAAAGAUAUGCAUGUGCUCUACACCACCAGACAGGUUCUCACAGGAAGAACAGACAUCCUCUCUGUGGAGCCUAUCGUUGCUGUGACCUGACUGAAAACAGAUACCACAAUGUGACAGGAUUUUGGGCAUUUGAGAUUCACAGUCCUAUUUUAUGGUUUCAUCAUGCUCCAAAGAGAGCAAUAAAUCUGUAAAUCUCAGAGAUGCAUGGAUGGCUCUACACAGGAUUUAAAAGCAGCAGAAGGAGAGAUGGGUCUUGUGACGGCUUUAAACUGAAUAAACUCUAAUCAUAAUGUGAUUUUGCCGUGGCUUUAUUCAGAUUUUUCUCUUUCCUCGCUGCUUGUCACAUUUUUUUUUUGUAUUUCCUUUUUUGGUUCAAUAUUUGUUAAGAACAGAAGUCCUCAGUCCUUACAAACUGGCAAGACAACUCAAGGUGCAUUUAUCUGCUGUUCUCAAACUUUCAGUCAUAGAGUACAAUCUCCCUCAGCAGAUGGAGUUUGCCCAGUUGAUUUCCAUUUGUUUUCUGUACUCUAUAAGGAUUUCUCCUUCAUCUUUACCUGACAGAUUAAAAGUUGAUUUCUGAUCUUGGAAACAGUAGUUGACAAUAUCACAACAAGGUCCAGUUAGUAGGUGUUCUGUAGCUUUCAGUCAGUUUUUAACAAAUCUCUUAAUACUCUUGCAGCAUUGACACAAAACAGUGUGCUUAUGUAAUGAUCAAAUUGCAAAGGAUGAAAACUGGGUUCAUGUACAUACCAUUAACUGAAGUGUUCCAUUAUAACAACAACAAAAAAAAUGUUCAUCUAACGAAAAUGUUUUGUCCAAAAGAUCUUGUGAAAUAUCUGACAUUUAUAUUGAUGUUCUGAUGUAACUGCUUUGUCUGUCUUGUGUCCAAUAAAACAUUGAAGUUGCUAGAUUUGUGCAGCAACUGUAAUAAUAAUUAUCACACAUUUCACAGCAUUAUUCUCUACAAUAGACUGAAUGAUGUUUUAGUUGUUUUAAAGGUCCUUUCUUACUGAUUUUGUCCAGUUUGACACAAAUUUGACAACUGAGGUAGAAAUGGAGACAACCCAGAACUCUGUUCCUUGAUCGCACUGGGAGACAGAUCCAGUGACAAUUAAUUUGGAGCUUUGGCAACCAAAGACUGCUGCAAAAAAGUUUUG